UACUAAAAUCCCUAAAAAUCAAUAAUGAACUUACGGUUAUGUAUUUCUACAUACUUUUUUACCCACAUGUGAGCCUCUACGAACCUAUAGUUAGUUAGAUACUUUUUCUCAACUCAGACUAGUACUCCUAAGGCGAAUUGAUGCGUCUGUGAGCUUAUCGAAAGCUGCCAUCGAGGCCUCAGAUACAUGUCCCUCCCAGCCAGCGCCGCUAUUCGAGCGCAGUCCAACGCCGCAACCUCAAAAACUGCUUUGCGCGCUCUCACACCCGCUAUUUAUGCUACCUCCUCGCUUACACCAUGUCCUACUACGCCGACUAUAGCGUCAAAACUUCCUCCUACCACAGCCCACCUCUCACCACAUCAGAGCCUACCACCAAUAUGGUUCAAUUCUUCGUUUCCACGCUUUGGGCCCGGUGAUUCGCGCGGACCGGAAGACGAACGGAAAGUCAAGCUUGGGAAGACAUUGCGCAUUCUUCAAGAACGACUGCCUACUUUACUUCAAUCCCCGCUACCGCAGGAGAUCUUAUCGCCUCAUAUUUCUCUCCACCUAUUUCCUUCGACACAUCCAUACCUCCCUACAGUAUCCGGCCGAGUCGCAUAUAUAGCAGCAUUAUGGACGUCCCCAUUAGCAUGGAAUCGAGUUCCCAUAAUCGGUAAUGUCAAGCUAGAGAUACUCUCAGAACGGAUGGUCAGCCAGCCAUUCUACUCCUCUCCAAAACGAUCCGAAGCAUACGGCGAACAAUUGGUGGUUAAAUGGAGAACGGCAGAUGGCAAGCCAAAAAGCCCUAAUCCAACCGUAACGGAAGAGGGCGAGCAAAAGCUUGACGAUACCCUCAGAGGCACGCAAGCCAUAGGUGAGAAGAAGGCAUUCACCGGGCUAUUCAUCUUCGAGUUCGACAAAGAGGGCCGAGUUAUAAGUCACACGAUCGAGCACGUAGACGAGCACGGAGAAUGGGAAAGGGGCCUAGGAGCUAAAGUCGUAGGUCUAACAGAUUGGCUACUAGGAGGCAUUAAAGGCCGUCCAGACGACAGCGGUGCCCCUGCACUAUGCAGAGUGAUGAACAAACGAGAAAAAGACGAACGGUAAAGACGGCCAUAGAUUCGAGCUUGACGACUAGAACUACAAAGUUUGGAGGGGGUGUAAACUAAUGUAACUAUGUACCAUACGUAUCGUUCUGGUAA